AGUAGGCCCAAACGCGUGGCCAAUAAAUCUAUUUGUGACAGAAACUGUAAACUCACAGAUCUACAUCUGCAAAUCGCAAAACACCCGUAAGAUUCUCGAAAUUAUGAUGUCAAAUAAGAACUAUUAAUCAUUAUUAAUCUUUAUUCAACUGGCUUCCAACACUAUGGUACACCUGUUUUCGAAGUUCAGCUCAGUGAGGAGAUGUAAGACUUCACUUUUCUUAACCAUGAACAACUAAAAAUUAGUUAACCCCGGUCUUGGACAGACAAUCAGGUUCAGCAGGAUGGUCCUGUUCUGUGUUUUGAUUCUGCUCAUGGUGGUUCUUGAUGUCAAGUCUCUGGAGACGACCCCCGAUCCACAUGGAGGCAUUCCACAUGGAGUGAAAAACCCUUCUUGUGAUGAUAAUAAGUGGAGUCUAGAAGUAGACUGGGACCCAUAUGGCCCACACAGUUCACAGAACUACACUUGUCAUGGACCCACCCUCAGACCAACUCUUCAAGACCCAUUUGUUUACUGUCAGACCAAGGAUGAAAUGAACCCUCCAAUGCAUGUAUGCUACCCAUCUCCAAUUCAUUAUAAGGAUCACCCUCCCAUGAGUGGGGCUCAUCGUCCACUCUGGCCCAUGUAUGGAGAAUAUGUAUUUUUACCUGUACAGAGAUGGCUUCACGCUCUAGAGCAUGGUGCUGUGGCUCUACUCUAUCACCCCUGUGCAGACCCAGAUGAGGUGGCCCGUCUGAGGAAAAUUGUAACAAACUGCAUUCGAAAACACGUCGUUACACCAUACGAUCUUCCCACUGAUCAGCCUCUAGCACUGGUUACGUGGGGCUGUCGGCUCAUGAUGUCUCACACUAAUGAUGACCUAGCUAAGCAGUUCAUUCAGGAUCAUGCAAUGCGAGGUCGGGAGAAUCGUGUAGUUUCAGAUGGGCAGUAUGGAUACUUUCUGAUCAAACCAGCUCACAUCGUCUCCAAUCUCAGAGACGAAACUCUCUGUCCAGAUAACCCAAAGGAACCUCCAGUUGAUUUGGACAAAAACCCAAAACUUGUUGAUGAGCUAUACCGCAUUCCAGUGGACAAUGUUAAAUCCAUGCUUCACAAGAAAAAUAAACAGAUUAACCGUCUGCUUGACAAGUUAGCAGAACUGAAGAAAAAAAGUUUAAAAAAACUUAAAUCAAAAUUUCUGAUAAAAUGAAGAUGAAUUUCCUGGACCGCUGUGUGUGUUAUUGGGUUUAUUUUGUUGUGUUUAUGCAAAAUAAAGGUAUGCUUUUGCUUUAUUUUGUUUGAUAGAAAAAUAUUUAACACAAUAGAAAAUAAAAAGUGUUUAAAAAUGCUUUAUUUUCUUAAUACAAAAUUUACAUAUU